UUUUCUUCACCUCCCCACUGCCGCAAUCUCCCUACCUUUGCUUCCUUUUCCCCUUCCUACGAGUCGUAACGCUUUGUCUCUCUUCUUCUUCUCCAAAUCAUCGAAGAAUCUAGCUGGAAAUCUCCUUAGGGCAUCAGAUCCGCUGCCAAUUGCACGACGCAGCGCGAAUUUCGCCGGCUGGAUGAUUCGUUUAGUCUGUGUGGUGAGGGAGUAGAGAUUUGCAUGGUGCGAUGGCGGCGAUUCAGAAGCUGUCGGUCCAGAACGCGAACGCGGGGGGCAGCUACAGCUCGUGCCGAGUGGACGCCGGCGAGUCAACGGCGUUAGUGGCUCCGGAGCUGUUCCCGGCGGGGCUCAGGGUCCUCGUCGUGGAUGAUGACGUCACGUGUCUGAAGAUCCUCGAGCACAUGCUCCAGAAAUGCCGGUACCAUGUUACGACUUGUUCUGAAGCCUUGAAAGCAUUAUCCCUUCUUCGAGAAAGGAAGGGUAGUUUUGAUGUGGUAAUCAGUGACGUUCACAUGCCUGACAUGGAUGGAUUUAAGCUACUUGAACUUGUUGGUCUUGAAAUGGACCUGCCAGUUAUUAUGAUGUCAGCUGAUGGGAGAACUAGUGCCGUGAUGAGAGGAAUAAAGCAUGGAGCAUGUGAUUAUUUAAUAAAGCCCGUACGAAUAGAAGAGUUAAAGAACAUUUGGCAGCAUGUUGUUCGAAAGAAGUGGAAUGAAAGUAAAGAUGUGGAACAUUCAGGCAGCUUUGAGGAUUCUGACCGCCAGAGACGUGUGGGUGAUGAAGCUGAAUAUGAUUCUUUAGUAAAUGAAGGAACAGAUGGCUCAUGGAAAACUCCGAAGAAGAAAAGGGAUUCUAAAGACGAUGAAGAAGAUGGUGAGCUGGAAAAUGAAGAUCCUUCGGCAUCAAAGAAACCACGAGUGGUGUGGUCAGUGGAACUUCAUCAGCAAUUUGUUAAUGCUGUUAACCAACUUGGCAUAGACAAGGCUGUCCCAAAGAGAAUUCUGGAAUUAAUGAAUGUUCCUGGUUUAACUAGGGAAAAUGUGGCUAGCCAUUUACAGAAAUUCAGAUUGUAUUUGAAGAGAAUAAGUGGCGUGACUCAACAUCAAAGUGCACUUUCUAAUCCGUUUUGUAGCCCUGUGGAGCCAAAUACAAAAGUUGGUUCGUUAGGAAGACUUGACUUCCACUCCCUCACUGCUACAGGUCAAAUACCUCCACAGACUCUUGCCGUCUUACAUGCAGAGCUCUUAGGUCGACCUUCAGGGAACGUAGUAUUGCCUGUGAUAGAUUCACCAAUCCUUUUGCAAGCUUCAAGCCAAAACUCAAAGUUUUUGCCUGUCGAAAAGGAAAUUGCAUUUGGUCAGCCUCUAUUUCAAUGCCAAUCUGGAAUAUCAAAACCGUUUCCUCCAUCUGGAAUUAAUUCUCAAGACGUCCCAUCCAGCUUUUCAUCUUGGCCAUCUAAUCAGCUCGGUGUCACAGGUUCCAACAGUGAACUUGGGGAUAUAAGCAACACGCAAAAUAAUAAUUUAUUGAUGCAAAUGUUGCAGCAUCAACAAGAACCAUUUAAUCUUGUGGUAUCGGAAUCGCAUAAUGCAAUUAAUGUGCGGCCUUCAUGUCUUGUAGUUCCAACCCAGUUACCAAACAAUUUAAACGGUGGAAAUUGCUCUAUGCCAGUAAAUAAGAACUCUAUGGUUGUAGCCCCACAAACAUCAAAUUCUACCUUUAAUGGAAGUAGUAUUACCUUUGAUUAUAACAUCCUUUCUUCUCAGCCAAACAAUGUGCCAUUGAGCAUGGGACGAGUCGCAGAUGGAGAUUUCAAGAAGAUUGGCCUUUUAAGUAGCUACUCAACUCCAGCUUCCGUGUCAUCGCCGUCAGUUUCAUCUGGUUCAGUUUGCACUAAUGGCGGUGCUGGUUGGAGGUUGCAUAAUUCUAACAUGAAUUUUGAUUCUCUUAAUAGGUCACCUGGUCACUUACCUAACUUGUGCAUUCCGGGUACUGAGGUGAAGUCAGGGACAUCAGUUAAUUAUGAACAUGCAAGGAAUCUGGGCUUUGUUGGUAAAGGUACUUGUCUACCUAGUAGAUUUGCUGUCGAUGACAUUGAAUCUCCUACAAAUGACUGGAAUAACAUAAAGACAAGUGUGUUUGAUGAUGUGGAUAAAGUAAAGCAAGAGCUCAAUUUGGAUUUUUUGGAGGGCUCUAAAGUUGAAAAAACUAUGCUGCCAACUUUCCCCUCAAACGAUUUUAUGGGUGUCCUGUCCAAGUAGAGAUUCUCAGGCGAGAUGCUUCCUUAAAUCAUAGGAGUGCUUAUCUCAUCCCAAUUCAUCACAGGAUCAAAUGAUCAACGAUUUGCCUUUUGUUGCAGUAUAUGAGCCCAGAUAUUAGACCAUACUUUGGAUAUUUAGGAGGGACCGUAGAGAUAGCAGUCUUGAUAUAUCGUUGCUUCUCUUUUGUUCAUUGUUCAAUAGGUAGCUUUGGAACAGUAAGUAUUUGUUUUGUACAAUAAUGUUUCUAUGCAAUUGAAGAAAGCAAAAAUUAUACGGCUUUCAAUAGUUUUUUUGGGCUGUUUCCUCCUAACUUAAUGAUGCUCACAAAAUAAACCUGUUGGAUUCAGCUUCUUGAA